AUGAGCCUAGUCGGGGGAUUUCCUCACCAUCCGGUGGUCCAUCACGAUGGCUAUCCGUUCGCGGCCGCCGCAGCCGCCGCCGCCGCCAGCCGCUGCCACGAAGAUAACCCCUAUUUCCACGGCUGGCUCAUCAGCCACCCCGAGAUGUCUCCCCCCGACUACAGCAUGGCACCUUCCUAUAGCCCGGAGUACGCCAAUGGCGCGGGCCGGCCUGGACCACUCCCAUUACGGGGGUGUCCCGGGAAGCGGGGCCGGAGGCUUGAUGCAAAGGCCUGUGAAGCGGAGGGGGACUGCCAACCGCAAAGAGAGGCGCAGGACUCAGAGCAUUAACAGCGCCUUCGCUGAGCUUCGGGAGUGUAUCCCCAAUGUGCCCGCCGACACCAAACUGUCCAAGAUCAAAACCCUGAGACUGGCCACAAGCUACAUCGCCUACCUCAUGGAUCUGCUGGCCAAGGAUGACCAGAACGGGGAGACAGAGGCCUUCAAAGCCGAGAUCAAGAAGACAGAUGUCAAGGAGGAGAGGAGGAAGAAGGAGCUGUCCCAGAAUGAACUCUUGAAAAGCACAGUUAGCAGCAACGAUAAGAAAACGAAAGGGAGGACUGGCUGGCCCCAGCAUGUAUGGGCUCUGGAACUUAAACAAUGA